UGGUCUGCGUCGCCGCCUUCCUGAACGCCAUCGGCUCGUGUGAUUGUUUAUCAACAAGACGACCAGCUCAGUCAGUCACCUACCGGCUUGACGUCCUGUCAACGCGAGCCUCUCGGUGGACGUCAGGUGCGAGAUAAUUGCCAGCUGGGGCAAUUAGCGGGGACUAAAUGGGGUUGGCAACUUUCUUGAGUUGUUUCCCGUGUGUGAAUACCGACCGACUAGUGUGACACCAGCGGUAGUGUUCAUUGCGCCACUGACUGAAUAGCCUGUCUACCCAGCCAAGCCAAUGAAUCUCGGUAGGAUAGAAACGGAGUUAAGUCGCUGAUCAUCUCGUCUAAUGUUUUCCAUAUCGUUCAUUCGCAGCUUCGUUUGUUCCUUAUUACUAAAUCCCCUGUUUUUCUUCCGUUCUAUCAUGAUCGCUAAUCGGAUUUUAUUGGCCCUAAUCUGCACUUCAACUUAUGCUGUCCUCAGUGCGACGGUAGCCUCAGUUCUCAUCGCAGCGCGCUGUACGAGCUUGCUAUAUAAGGUGUUUCGACGUAGUACCACCCAAGUGUCCAUCUGUCGUUUAAUAUUGUUAUGGUACAUUAAUAUGAGAAAGGUGUUUAGAGUAUACGUUAAUGAUUCGUACGUGUUCGAAGCGACAUCUAUAAACGUGUACGUCAGGCUCACUGCGCAAAGAGGCUGCUGUUGAUGAUAACAAUAAUAAUAGUGACAAUAACCGUCAAAAUCAUCAUCAUCCCGAUAGUAGUAGUAAGGAUAAUACGGUAACGCUGCUCGAUAGUGACCGUCGCUGGCAUGGGCUGACUGAAACUGAUAUCGUUUAACCAACCUAUCGUGUAUUAGUCGACGCUUCAUGCAAACAUGGUGAUCUUACGGCAACAAAAAGUCGCUGACUCCCGGGAUGUAUGACUGUGCGUGAAUUGUCGCUUGCUCUCAUGUCUAAUUCGAAGGCUAUUGACAGCCAGGAUAUCCCCAGACAACAAAGAGAUCCCAGACUGUUGGUGACGAGUCCGACUGGACCGGAGCUCAACAGAAAGUAUGUCAGACGCCCGCUUUCAAUCGCUGUUCAACUCUCAUCAGCUGGAGCUGAAGAGAGCUGCUGCAAGCGGCGCUAUAACAGGUCCCGAUCCCAAACCGCUUGUGCACGAUGACCCCUGGGGUAUGAACACCCCCACUCAGUUACCGUCAGCAGGAAAAGAGGCUACUGUGGGGCAUCCAUAUUUGACUCCACCGCCAAGCGAACGGAAAGAGCCGGGAUGGUCGCAGGCACACGGACAUCAGCAAGCUUCAGGACAGGCUGCGCCGGGUAGUUUGGGACAGGAUCCUGCUCACGAUUUGCCCCCCGAACUGCUCAAUCAAGGAUGGCGCAAGUUUUUCUCGAAACGGGAGAACCGUUUCUAUUUCUUUAACAAAGUUACCAAUGAAAGCCUUUGGGAGAUGCCACCAAUGCCAGGCAGCAGCAGUGGUUACGACCCACUCACAGAUCCGUUAGGCAUUUCUGGACCAUCUUCAGAUAUGCCGCCUACUCCUCCGCACCAAACGGGCAGUCCGCACCAUCCGAUGCCCCACAGUCACGCUCAUCCUGUUCAUCCUGGACCGCACCCAAGCCCACAGAAGCGACAUGCCUCACUUGAGGGCGAAAGUUCAGCGAAAAAGAGCAGCGGCGCACAGAACUGGCUAAACGGUCCGUUCGAUCUUGAAGUCGGGUCUAAUAUUAUGAUGGUGGAAAGGCCACCUUCCAGUCUACCUCCCCCCCUGCCUGAGAUUGAGGUCUUCCGGGCGGUGUUGCUUCAUAAGCUCAAGCAGCAAUUUGGGGAGAUGUGCCAUUCGCGUGAAGGUAUUGAGUGUCCACGAGACUGCUUCAUUCGCUGGCUUGUCGAACGCAAGACGGUGGAUCGUGGCAGCGAGCCAGUUUUCCCGUCUCAAUGUUCACCGGAAAUUUCGCAACUGAUGUACCGCGAAAUAAUGGCGGACAUUCCUAUCAAGCUAGUAAAACCGAAAUUUCCAGGGGACGCACGAAAGCAGCUAGCACGUUACGCAGAGGCGGCGAAGAAAAUGAUCGAGUCACGUAACGCCAGCCCUGAAAGCCGGAAAGUCGUGAAGUGGAACGUGGAAGACGCGUUCAGCUGGCUACGGCGAACCGUUAACGCCACCUAUGACGACCAUGCCGAACGUCUUAACCACUUACGGAAGCAGUGUCAGCCUCACCUUAACCAGGUGGCUCGCACAUCUGUUGAAAGCAUAUGCAGCAAGAUCUACAGCCUCAGCUCGGAUUACGCCAAAAAGAUUCAUUCAAAACACUGGCAAGCUCUUAAUGCACACGGUAUCGAAGAACUAACUGCGCCACUGAGAGUAACGAACCCGAAGCGUGUCCACUGCUAUCCGGUGCAACUCGCUUUAUGCUACCCAAAGUCCCUAACUCCAUGUGUCGAAAUUUGCUAUGAUACCCGCGAAAGUUACCCGGCCACGAUGCUCAAGUAUAAAGGAGAGGUUACCCGACUCGGCACGCUCUACUUUCAAAAACUCGAGCAGCUUUACCGUGUCAGCUGCGGAGAUGACAGAAAAUUCGAGUUUUUCCUAUCUCGUGUUUACUCGAUGAUUAAACGUUAUCAUUCGCUAUUUUCGUUGGGUCAAAAUGUCGACCCUCAGUGCACGGUUCAUUUACUGCAUUGCUCGUUGCCAAGCUCGGUCAUGGGAUGUCUUCACAAACAUUUUGGAGUGACCUUCGAGGGAUUUUCGUCACCACUCAACUGCUAUUUCAAGCAAUACUGUUCACCGUUCGCUGACACCGAUGGUUUCUUCGGUUCGCGCGGUGACUUUCUCAAGCUGCAGCCAUUGUGCGGCUCUAUACAGUUGCAUCCUCCGGAUGUUGAAGAGCUACUUAUGGACAGCGUGCGACACGUUGAGAAACUCCUUUCUCAAUCGCAGGAUCCGUUGUCAUUUAUCAUCUUUACGUUGUCGGAGCCGCUGUCAGACUCCUCCGAGCAGGCUUUGAACCUACUGCAGUCAUCACGCUACAAACGAGAGCAGAUCUCAUUAUCUGCGUUUGAGUACGAAUUGCGUCAUGGCUUUCAACAUAUGAUCAGCCGAGCGGACAUACUAUUCAAGCCGAACUUUGGCAUGGACAUCUAUUUUUUACAAAACGACGCCGGGUAUGCUCACUGGGGCCCAACGCCGGAGAGAAUCGAAGCACUGCGGGAUUCGUUUAAGCUGGGUCUAGAUUCUCUCAGAGAAGAAAGUCAUAUACCGGUUAUGGUGAAUCCGCCACAGCCGGUUAAAAAGAUUUAGAAAAGCAGAAAGAAGGAGAAAUAUAAUACGCUCACAGUGCACGUACUCCCUACUGGAUGUGAUUCGGCUUUUUGACAAAAAUGUUUUCAAGAGAUUUGCUACCUGUAUAUUGGUAAGAUUAAUUAGGAAAAAUGAGCAUGUGCAUAGGCAUCUAAGACAAUAAGAUAUUCUAGACAAAGUACAGCCUACUAGAUAGUGCUCCAAGCAUGAUAGCGUGACAGCUGAAAUCUAAACGAGUGUGUCUCUUUAUUGUCACGUAUGACUACGCAAAGUUAAUGCAACGAACGGGUACGGUGUCGCCCAUACAAAAAAAUAGCGGUUGUCAAAAAAAACUAAACAUAUGUCAUUGUAUAAAGAUGGAAGAAACAGACGUAUCCUGGUCUUUCCCAGGGUGAAUAGCAAAAAAUAGACAUAACAUGACAUGACGCUAGAUUAAAAAAAACUGGAAGACUUUGGAGGAUGAUUUGACGACAACGAGUCAUUGUCUUCAACAUCUCUAAUUGAGCCCGUUUUCAUAGAUGAAAUUGAAAAAAUAAGUCGUGAAGAACGAAAGCUCAAUUCGUGUGAGAGGGCUAUAUGUAGAGAGCGGCUAGAAAGUUGAUGACUGGUGUCUCGUUAUCAUUAAAGGACUUCGUGUCUGAUCGAUCAGCAGUUAACGGGUCUCAUCAUUGUCACGACGGAAGUAAUAAUUACGAUGCCUUUCUUUACACAAUCUUUCUUUCAAAUCUUUUAUCUUUUCUUGAUCGACACGGACGCUCUUUUGCAGUUUUUCCAUUUCAUGUAUUCUGUACUAAAUGGCCUGUAAAAAUCUAUUCGAGAACUUCCGUCAAAUUUAGAAACGAUAUAUAAAUCUAUAUAUGUAUACAUAGAUAAUGGGAAAGUAAACAUGAACCUUGGGAUUUGUGAACGUAGCAACUACGUGUUUGAGUAUUGGAGGUAAGAAAACCUGCUUUCUCUUUUAGUGUUUUCCUAGUGUUAGAAAUUGUACUGGAAAAUGGCGAAAUUAGAUUCUUGGUUGGUAAGUAUCUUCAAUGGUACUGUUAAGCUCUGAAGCUCUAUCGAACCUGAUUCGUAACCACUUCGUCUUUAAAUCCGAGGGUUCAUAGAAAUGAAUAUACGUGAAUACAUAACUAUAAAUAUAGAAUAGAGCAAAACAUGUGAGAGAGAAUUACCGAUAUUCAGCAUAUGCGAAAAUCGGCAAAGACAGAACAAGGGGCCAAACUGUUAUUUUCACCAGAUGAGUUAAUUAAAUAGGGUGUCAACUUCCGUCAAGUUUACCUUGGCCGAUCACAUUUUUGUUAAUUAGCACACAUCAGCCAUGAGGUAGUCAUAUGUCAACGAUAGAGACGUAGUUAACGUUACAUGACUACCCAAUGGUUUGUGCCGAAAAUAACUAAAAAUUACGCCGUCCGUCGACAACUGUAAUCACUGACUGGUUUUCAUCCAUUGGAAGCUCCCUAUGCUCCUUGAAAACUCUCACUCAGCACGCACACGCGCUGGAUACUCUGGAACACCAACCAAGACAUACUUAAAAUUUCGAUCAAAUUAAAAAAACGAUAAAACGAACGAGGAAUUUGGCGACUUUGAACUAUUCCAGUCGGCGUUACCGGUAACAACAACAAUACAAAUAACGAUUGAAUUGUUCUGUGCAUCACAAGCAGCCAAACAUCCGGAAAAAAUAUUCCACGAUGUAUAUAUAUAUAUAUAUAUAUUAGACAGACAGUGUGGAAGGUAAGACUGAGGGAGAGGUGGGAUAGUAAUUAUUCACCACUGAUUAAUUAUUUUAAUAUUAUCAUCAUUACUACGGAUCACGUUAUAAUAAUUAUAUCCAUCAAGUGGCAAAGUAAAGCGAAGAGAAAACGUUUGUCGUAUAUCUCUCUCGGUGGACUUAUAACAUUUUGGUUGGCUAUUACUAUUAUUAAAUUACUCAUUAUUGGCAAAUUAGUUUGCUAGAAGACGUGCCCGGAACCGCAAGAAUAUCAUUAUGUUCAUACGUUUUAUGUACGCCAUAUUCCAAGUUCAUCCGUUCCGCCAUCGUUGGCAUAUAUUAGAAGAUGACGAAAUGAUAAAAUCAUGGGAUGCAGUAGAUGAAAGUAAAGCGGAAAUUUUACGAAUGAAUUCCAUAGAAAAACGAAACUUUGAAAAGUUGCAAAAUGAGAACUUAUUAAAACUUGCGAAUGUUACAUCGUGAUCAUUGUCAAAAGUCAUAAUCAAGCAGAACGCAAAAAAGAAAGGACGUCGGGACCUAUAAAAAAUGCGGUGUUCUUCUCAAGGCUACGACAGCCAUAAGAACAACAACAGUAAUACUUUAUUUAUAAACACAUAAUUAAACAUUUAGAAAAUAUAAAAUUAAUUUAUAGUAUCUUACGCGUCGGGGGGUGAAAAUGGUGUUCUUUGUAAUUUUAGUUACACUCCGUGUACAUAAAAUUCGUUUCUGUAUAGUUCUCGGCCUGUAAAAUAAUGGUGAA